GGGAAUACAUUGGAAUAAUAUUCUGCUUUCUCCUGCAAUAAAAUCAUCUGUAGAGGAGGGGAGCUGAGAAGUCUUGAAAUCGUGUGUUACACAAUGCCAGCAAAUGCUUAAAAAUCAGGCUUAUGAUUGGUGCUUCUGAACAAAAUUUGAGGAGAAAGGAGGAAAUAAUCUGUAAUGCGAAGGAACAAUUCAUUUAUCAACGGAACACAGGCUGUGUUGUGUGUGGUAGUAGAGCGUUUGGCUGUAAUGUUACCUUAACAGUGUGACUGUUGUCUAGGAGCGCUGACCAAGUAAGAGGGUGUAGCCCUUGCUCUGACACUUUUUAUGUACAUUACUGCUUUAUUUGGACAGACUCCACUAGAGAAGCAGGUGUGUGAUUUAUCUGGGCUCCACACAGACUGCAGCCUCUCUGGUUCACAUGCUGCACACACUCGGGCUGCCGCGCUUGGGACAUCAGCUGUGGAGAUCCUCGAAUUAAACCUGGUUCGGCUGGUGGUCUAUCGCUUCUUCUCCAUCAAGAAUUAAACUGAAUUUUCCAGUAAAAAGAAGCAGCUCCGCUUAUCAUCAUGAAUACAGACAGCGGUGGGUGUGCUCGUAAACGUGCUGCUACAUCAGUUAAAUUAGCCUCUGUGAAGAGAGUGCAGAGUUCGCCCAACUUGUUGCUGGUUGCAGGCAAUGAAGCACAGGCAUCAGAUUCAGAUGUCUGGAGAUCUUAUAACAUUAAUGAUGGCUUCAGAAGCACAGUAAAUGGUGAAACAUACAGUUCGUCACUGGCGGCAAAAGGUUUCCGCAGUGUCAGACCAAACCUUUCGUUUCCCGAGAGGAAGACACCUCCACAUCAGAUGACAGUCAAUGGGAAUUCUGCUGCUGACAGAAGCAGUCCUAUGAGUUAUUUGCAAAGACCUUUCUCCCCGUCAUCAGCCUACACUUCAUUAUCUUCAGUAAAUCCAAACAUUGGUGUAAUGCAGCACAGCAGAACAAUGGAAAACCUAAGUAUAUCUCAGCAAAGCAAGUCUCCUGGUGCAGAUAUAAUGAGCAUAGAGCCAGUUUAUAGAACAUCAGAAGAGGAAAAGAAAGUAACUGUAAUUAAGGCACCACAUUAUGCAGGAAUUGGCCCAGUUGAUGAAUCUGGAAUACCUAUAGCCAUAAGAACGACAGUGGACCGACCCAAAGAUUGGUACAAGACAAUGUUCAAGCAAAUACAUAUGGUGCACAAGCCAGAUGAUGAUACAGAUGCAUUCAAUGCCACACAUGCAUAUGUUUAUCCUGAUCAUUACAGCUCAUUCACCUCUGUUCAGGCGCAUCCUCCUCCCAAGACACAUACUUACAGACCUUUAACAAAGAGCAUCUCAGACAAUGGUGUCGAAUUCUACAAGGAGUCUGCUCCUUUACCGCCACCUCCACCUGUUCCCCCACCUUCACAACCAAGAUUUCGAGAAGCAGGUUUCGCUGAAAAGAAUGACUGGGAUCCUCCUGAUAGGAAAGUUGAUACACGCAAAUACCGUGCUGAGCCUAGAAGCAUUUUUGAAUAUGAGCCUGGAAAGUCAUCUAUCCUGGAGCAUGAGCGGCCGAGUGGGCGAAUAAACCCAGAUGAAAUAGAUUUAGAAAACGAGCCUUGGUAUAAAUUCUUUUCAGAGCUGGAGUUUGGAUGCCCGCCUCCUAAAAAGCUCUUGGAUUAUCUGCCAGAAAGUUCUCCCCAUAUUUCGCCUGAAAGCAUGAAGACUUCGUUUUACAAUCCAGCAUUAGAAAGGACAUUGGACAGACCAAACAGUGGCACAAAUUCCGCAAGCGACUACAGAAAGAGACGGAAGUCUGAGCCUUCAGUAAACCAUCAAAGAGCACAGAGUGAUCACGCUACGCAGAAGAACAGCAUUGAUCUCCAUGGAAUACCCAGGAGGUCUUUAAUCAAUUCUUCACCAUCUUCACCAUCAAGAGUUAAAGGUGGGGAUAUUAGCAGACAAUGCCCACUUAGCUAUGUACUGCAAAACCAGAAUUCCUCUCCUGAGUUAGGUUAUAGCAGUCGCCUUAGCCAGCCUUUGGUUGUAAUUACACCAAGCCCAAAAAGGUCUGUUCUAUUCAAGAAUGGCUGGCAGUUGAAUCGACAAAAUGCAGAAGCUUGGAGCAGCACAGAGGAGCGGACCUCACCGAAACUGAAGUCCCGCAGCUACGAUGAUCUACUACAGAGUGACUACGAAGAGGUUCAGGAGGAGCAGGUAAAGUCUGAGAGCAUGGUGUCAUUACUCUGUGAAGAGCAGGCUAAGGGUGAAUACUCUAGAGGCUGGCUGUCGCCGCACGGGACCGUGAGCACAAAGCCCCACAGGCCGCGGAUUCGCUGCAAAUCAGCUCGUGGUGGCAAAGGCUUCCUGAAGCUCUACAAGAAAAUGCACCACAUAAAUCGCAAGGAGUUGAUAAACCCAGACGUCAUCUGCACCGUGAAGUCCAGGGUGUUACAGUACGAACAAGAACAGCACAGGGGCAUCUUUUCAGAAUGGAAGGAGCUUUCCAGUGAGGUACCAAGAGACAUGGUGCCGACCCGAAUCUCUGAAUUCGAGAAAAUUAUUAAGUCAAAAUCUAUGCCCAACCUGGACAAAGCAAUUUUAUCGGAAGCCUCCUAUUUAGCUUCCAAUAAGAGGAUCUUCCCAAGGCGGCGGUUAUCCAUUGAAUCUUUACUGGAUGAGGAAAAUCAAGGCAGGAAACUGUCUACUAUGCAGCAACAAUAUUGCAUGUCCAAAGCUAUGAUGCCAAUUCAUAUCAAAAUAACAAAUGAAAAUCAGUCAAAACUGGCUUCACGGUUUGAGAGUGCUGAGAUAGACAGUGACCAUGAGGCUGUGGUGUCUGACCUCAGUGAUUACAUGCCGAUUGAAGGCUCCUCAUUCUGCAGCGAGAGUGAUUUUGAUCAUUAUUCCUUCACAUCUUCAGAAAGCAUUUACGGUUCUGGUCACCAUCUCCACCAUCACAAGCACCUUCUCAGCUCCUGCAAGGGCAGGUGUCCAGCCUCGUACACCAGGUUCACCACCAUGCUGAAACAUGAAAGGGCAAAUCAAGACAAGAAACCGACUUCAAAGAAACCCGAAGCUGACUCCAACCUGUCAAAGCUUGCCUUCCUGGUCAGUCCGGUGCCUUUCAGAAGGAAAAAGGCUCUGCCAGCCCAAAAAAAACCUGAAAAGCCAAAAUCUAAAUCAGUGUACGAAGCCCUGGAUUCUGCUUUAAAAGAUAUCUAUGAUCACAUCAAAGCAGAGAAAAGGCGUGGGAGUUUACCUGAUAACAGCAUAUUACACAGACUUAUAAAUGAACUGCUUCCAGAUAUCCCUGAACGGAAUUCAUCCCUCAAAGUCCUAAGGAAGAAAGUUAGUCCACAGCCAUCACUGCAGCAAGAAGUGGAGGUUACGGUUCCUUUAUACCAGUGUGACUAUGGAAAAAAUCAAUUUAGUUCCUCUUAUCAGGACAUGGACACCAACAACAACCCAGAGAAUGAUUGUACCUACUACCAAGAUCAGGAACCCCACAGGACUGCCUCUGAAAUGGGCCGAACAACACUGAAAGAUCGCAGGGGACCGAUGAUUGAACCCCAUAGGAAAACAGAAGAAAAGGAGCGACAGCCUGCUAAAGCGAUUUAUGAUUUCAAGGCUCAAACAGCAAAAGAAUUACCAUUCAAGAAAGGGAGUAUUGUCUACAUUAUUAGACAAAUAGAUCAGAAUUGGUUCGAAGGUGAACAACAUGGAACAGUUGGCAUAUUUCCCAUUUCAUAUGUUGAGAAGCUGCCUCUGACAGAAAAGGCACAGCCAAUAAGACCACCGCCACCAGCAGAGGCCAGGGAGUUUGGGGAAGCAAUUGCAAAGUAUAAUUUUAAUGCAGACACUAAUGUGGAACUGUCACUAAAAAAGGGUGAAAGAGUCAUCCUUGUCAGACGGGUUGAUCAGAACUGGUAUGAAGGAAGGAUCCCUGGAACAAACCGACAAGGUAUCUUCCCGAUUACUUACGUGGAUGUACUCAAAAAAGUUCCAGCUAAGAAUACUACAGAAUACCCCAGUCAUUCUCUGCCUCUGAGCUUUCCCAGUGAUAAGACCCAACUCUUGGGAUCUACAAAGUUGUCUUCUUAUCAAAGGCUCAAUACAACAUCCCCUGUUUCUGGACAUCAUCGCUCACCUUGUUUAAGCAGAUCUCCAGUGCAGGCUGUUACCAAUGAACGGAUAUCAUCGACUGUUGGGCUCUCUUCUCUCAGCUCCCCAGCCCCUAUGCAACUUCAUUUUGCUAAUAACCUUUUAGAUUUAAAUGCUCCUACUUUGGCAGUUACCUCCUCCAAUCAUGACAUAAUCCUGCCUACAAACUCUACUUCCUGUGAAAAAUUGAGUCAUUUCUUUCCAGUCACUUCAUCAAAGAACCUUCCCAGUUCAUCUGAAGGUCUGCGUUCUCCUUUGUGCCCAACCUUGUCUAAUGCUGUCCACCAGUCACCCAUUUCUUUGUUUCACAUUCUACCACAUCGAUAUGACAGCAAUAAAAUGCAGGUAAUGGACAGAUGUCAGGAGGCCUCUGAGAAAUCUGAAGCUACUUUCUCAAUCAGUGCCAAGAAAAUGGAUAACAUGGAGGUUUCUUUGGUCACAAUGGAACCAGUGGAAAGCUGUACUCCAAAGACUUCUGCACAAAAUAGUGAUGAACAGCAGAAGGUGCUCCAUGGGGAAUUGCAGUCAAUCAACCAAGAACACAAGUCAAAGUAUGAAGGAAUUAAACAAAUGCGUUCUCAUGGACAUGAUUCCGAUGUAUCCAAGGACCUACUAGAACUCUUCAUAAAGGAAGAUCCUAGUGAGGUCUACGUGACAUUUGAGGCACAUAAACUGAAACCUGCUAAGUCUGAUGAAAUGCAGAAGGCAGAAGUUAUUGAUACUGAGACUGUAACAUCUGGAUCUGAACAAACUGUUGCUUCUCCUCCCUCACAUAUGCCUGCAGCAUUUUCAUCCCCACUGCCAGCGAGCUCCCUCUCUGUAGUUUCACCUCCACAACUCCCUCAGAGACCCACAUUCUUCACCACAUCAUCUUCCAGCCAGAGAACUAGGUCUCCAAACUUAAAGACGGGAUUGAGGACUGAUGGAGCUAUAGUCGGUAAGCCUCCUCGCAGCCCAGUGAUGUCUAAGCGAUCCUGUGAAUCAUCUGUCAGGAGUAGCUUUUCAUCGUCUCGUAGGCCUCAACAGCCACCCCUUUCUCAUGCAGAUUCACAGAUUGGAGAACCAUACCAAGCAAUGUACAGCUACAACCCACGAAAUGAAGAUGAACUGGAGCUUAAGGAAGGAGAUAUUGUUGAUGUAAUGGAGAAGUGUGACGAUGGAUGGUUUGUUGGAACUUCUCGGCGAUCCAUGUUCUUUGGUACCUUUCCAGGAAACUAUGUGAAGCGACUAUAAAAUUUCACACCCAUUUGCAUUCACUUGCUUUGAGUUUAGCACAGUAACUUCUGCAGGUUUCAUUAAAGGAAGUUUCGAUCUGUAGACACUCAAAGAUAACCUUCGUGGCAGGUGUGUGAUUGACUACAGCUAACCUCAGGCUUUGCACCAAUUGGCACUAUCUUCUGCCAAGUAACAAGGACAUUAUUAAAAAGAAUUCUGACUGUGUUGCCUGGAGGCCACCCUGCAUUCCCUUUAGGAUGUCUCGAGAGCAAUUGUUUUUAAUUAUUAUAACAGUGCACUUACUUUUCCCCAAUGUAUGCAAAUAUAGUGAAUGCUUAUUUAUUCUUCUUGGAACAGGAGCACACAGUGGUCGAUCACUAACAUUUACUACUGAUGAUUUUGUCACAGAGUAGAAUAAAUUCAUAAUACGUUCAGCAUGUCUUUGACCAGUAACUCUUACAGGUAUGAUGAUUUGUCACUUCAAAAUCAGUGGUGAAGAUAUGUAUUUUACUCUUUCCCCACUGGAUCACAAUUUGUUUUGCUGCUAUAUGAUAGAACCCAUAGCACCAUGUAUUGUGUAGAUUGUUUGGAAAUCUAUGUGUUUCUUUUCAUUUCCACACAGGUUCUGUUUUCAAAUGGUGACUUAGGAUAUAGUACAAAUAGGGUCUGCAAAAUAGAAUAUUGAGAUGGUUCAGUAGUUUAAGGCAAGUCAUAUUCAAGCCUCUAAGCUUGAGUUUGUGAUAUUUAACAUUGUGGAAUGGAAACCUUUGAUUUGUAUAUGACUGCAGGUUGGUAGUUGAAGGUGGCUUAAAGAUACAGAGGUGCGAGUCAAGGUGUUUUGUCAGUAUAUAUUCCAAUCAUCUUUGAGAGGUCUUCAAAUAGAACAAAUGCACAGAUUUAAAUUCAAUUCUUUGAAACCUAUAUAAUAUUAUUCAUAGUUGCAUUCAACCAAAUUCAUUUAUUGAUAGAAAUCAUCUCUUCCUUGCUUUCCUAUUUUUUUUCAAAGUUCCUAGAAGCAUUUCCAAUGUUUUAGUAAUAGUGCAACCUCCUGAUAAAUAUGCCAGUUCUGGAUUAAAGAUUUAGAAUGUUAAUCUGAGCUGCUCUGUUUGACUAAAUUGAAAAGGUUUUUAAUGAAGAAUUUGAGCAUUGUGUUCCCUAAAGUAAAAUGGCACACCAAUUGUCAUGUUGGGCAAGGACACACACAAGAUGAAGGAAUUUUUAGCGCUGCAGCACCUUAGUUCAAAAUAAGUGUGAGAGUUUUAAUUUCUUUCAUAAAUGCUUGAGUGUACUACAGAGGGUGUAGUCUUUAGCAUUUUGUGUAUAUGUGUACAUACAAGUCUGCUUUAUCUUGUACAGAUGUUUUAGUUGUUGAGUUUUAAAACAAAACAACAAAAUCACUACUUUUCAGAAACUUUUAUAAGUCUCUGCCUUUUCUCUUGCCCCUUUUUACUAACAGUCUCUCCCAUGCCAAUUGCAAGCACAUUUAGAUGGUGCAAGUGUGUACGAUAGUAUUUUGCAUAAUUUUGCAAACUGUAUUUCAAACAUAGUGUUACCAGCAAAAAAAAACUAACUGUGUAUAUAUAUAACUUUGUAGAGAUUAAUGGGGGAUGAAAACAAAUGUUUGGAUUGAUUUAACAAAACUGUUUUAUUACACCAAAAUUGAAGGCAGAAGAGCUGUAAUUCUGAGGCUUCAAAUUUUAAACCUGGUCAACCGCUUACAGCAUUGCUGUGAAAUCAAUAUCUUUACUCUUUUAUGAUGAAAAUGACUAUAUUCGUUGCCUGUAUAACAAAACACUUUCUAUUCUCUGUAACUGAUUUUAGAAGAGUUCUUUCAUAAGUGAACAUCAAUUGAUUCAUUUUGAUGCAGUGCUAUUCUUUACGGAGGAAGUAAUUUACCUUUUUGUGCUUUUUGUGAAUUACAAUUCCAAAUAAAUUUUUGCCUGAA